AUGAGAGACCUGUCAAAGGGGUCAGCUAAAUUUCUAUGGUUCCAGAAGUUUAAGGAGGUUGUUAUGUGCAUAUCACGUGGCAGUCGUGCCAAACAGCAAAUGAUUCAAUUUUGUCGUCAGUAUUAUCAUGGUAAUGAAAAACAAUUACGAUCCAUCGAUGAAUUCGAAAGUGGUUAUACGUCGGACAAAACUAUUCUGUGGUAUACGAGAGAUACAUUUGUGACACAGAACGUCAACGGGAAAAACGUUGCCGUUCCCGUUCAAAUCUUUGUCAAAUCAACGUGA